AUGGCCGCCUCCACCAUGUCUGUCUGCUCUGAUGCUCUCACCAACUCCUCCUGGCAGGUGGAUGACUGCCCGGAGAGCUGCUGUGAGCCCUGCUGCUGCCAGUCCAGCUGCUGCCAGCCCAGCUGCUGCCAGUCUAGCUGCUGUGUCCCCAGCUGCUGUCAGUCUAGCUGCUGUGUCCCCAGCUGCUCUCAGUCUAGCUGCUGUGUCCCCAGCUGCUGUGCCCCAGCCCCCUGCCUGACCCUUGUGUGCAGUCCCUGCUGCCAAUCUGGCUGCAGCAGCUGCUGCACACCCUCAUGCUGCCAGCAGUCUAGCUGCCAGCCAGCUUGUUGCACCUGCUUCCCCUGCCAGCCAUCCUGCUGUGUGACUCUUUGCUGCAAGCCUGUCUGCUGCACACCCAUCUGCUCUGGCUGCUCCUCCUGCUGCCAGCAGUCUAGCUGCCAGCCCUCAUGCUGCCAGCCCUCAUGCUGCCAGUCCUCAUGCUGCCAGCCAUCCUGCUGUGUGCCUGUCUGCUGCAAGCCUGUCUGCUGCACACCCAUUUGCUCUGGCUCCUCCUCCUGCUGCCAGCCAUCCUGCUGUGCUCCUGUCUGCUGCAAGCCCUGCUCCAGCAUGUCCCUGCUCUGCCGCCCCGUGUGCAGACCCGCCUGCUGCCUGCCCACCUCCUCCUGCUGUGCCUCCUCCUGCCAGCCCAGCUGCUGCCGCCCAGCAUCCUGUGUGUCCCUGCUCUGCCGCCCUGCCUGCUCCCGCCAGGCCUGCUGUGGCCUCUCCUCGGGCCAGAAGUGUAGCUGUUGA